AUGGAUGAGCAAUACGAUGCAAUUGUCCUCGGGACUGGGCUGAAGGAAUGCAUCAUCAGCGGCCUUCUCUCCGUGAAGGGGCUAAAGGUGCUGCACAUGGAUCGCAACGACUACUACGGCGGCGAGAGCGCGUCGCUCAACCUCAAGCAGCUGUGGGAGAAGUUCAAGCCGGGCGAGGCGCCCCCGGCAUCUCUGGGCGCCAGCCGCGACUACAAUAUCGACCUGGUCCCCAAAUUCAUGAUGGCCAACGGGAAGCUGGUGAAGACCCUGAUCUACACUGACGUCACCAAGUACCUCGAGUUCAAGGCCGUGGACGGGAGCUACGUGGUGAACAAGGGCAAGGUGUACAAGACGCCCGUGACGCCCAACGAGGCGCUCGCGUCGCCGCUCAUGGGCAUGUUUGAGAAGUUCAGGGCCCGCAGCUUCUUCGUGUGA